AUGUUUCCCUCAUCGACCAAGCUGGCCCUCGCAUCGUUGGCCCUCGGGCUGCUGCUGUCGCAGCGCGGCGGCGGCGGCGGCGGCGGCGGCGUGGCGGCCAUGAAGCUCGAAGGCGGCGACCCGAUGGGCGUCAAGGCUUACGACCUCUACGGCGGCCGCAACGCCUCGAUCCUCCAGUACCCGGCCGACUUCAACCGGGGCACGUUCCCGCUGCCGGUGCACUGCCACAACUGCUACGAGACGAGCGGCUCGGCCUUCUACGGCGCGCUGGCCUACGGCGCGCGGAGCCUCGAGAGCGACGUGUGGCUCAACCCCGCCGACAAGGAGCUGUACGUGGGCCACGACCCGUUUUCGCUGACGCGGGAGCGCACCUUUGACGCGCUGACGGUGCAGCCGCUGGUCGAGGUGCUGGAGCAGGCCAACCGGGCCAACAUUGCCCAGAGCGACGGCGACGAGGCGCGCUUCUUCGCCGAGCUGCAGCGCAGCCUCAAGACGCCGCAGACGUUCCCCGUCAACGGCUACUUUUCGCUCGGCGUGGGCUCGACGGCGCCCAUCCAGCUGCUGGUCGACAUCAAGACCGACGGCGCCACGACGUGGCCCUACGUCGUCAGGGCGCUCGAGCCGCUGCGCAAGCGCGGCUGGCUGACGCGGUACGAGGACGGCAAGCUGAUCCCGGGCCCCGUGCUGGUGAUUGGGACGGGCAACACGCCCAUCGACCAGGUGGCGCCGCUGCGCCGCCGCGACGUCUUCUUUGACGGCCCGCUGGGCAACCUGUCUGCGCCGUUGGUCAUUGACGGGACGAGGUACGAGUGGAACUCGACGCUGUCCCCCCUCGCCUCGGGCUCCUUUUCCAAGAUCGUGGGCAGCUACAAGGGCCUCGACGAGCCGAGCGCCGAGGUGCUGGCCAACAUCUCGCGGCCCAUUGACGAGGCCCACGCGCGCGGCAUCCAGACGCGGUACUGGGACAGCCCGCAGUGGCCCGUGUUCGCGCGCAACCGCAUCAACCACCUGAUGCUCUCCGCCGGCUCAGACUGGAUUGGGUCCGACGACCUCGAGCACAUCUCCAAGUGGUAG